AUGGUCCGACCAAGUAUCGACUACUACCUCCCACAGAUGCCGUCUUUGCUUCAAGAUUGGUUCACGUCUCCCGACUCCGCUUCCCACACGGAUCGAAUUCUAGUGUUGGAUGGAGGCGUCAGUACGCAUUUGGAGUCGAACCUGUCGUCCACCAACGCGGACUCCGCUUCGUCCGACAAACUGUCGUGCCGGACGUGUGCGUUCCCGCAUCGAGAAUUGUGGUCCAGUAGUCUCUUACUCUCCGAAUCGGGUCGUCGCCUCGUCCGGCAAGGUCACGAUGAUUGGCUCCGAGCCGGAGCCAACGUUCUCUCGACAGUCACGUACCAGUGUCACUACCAAGCUGCGUAUUGGCCUAAAGGGAAGAUGGCGACGAACGAUAAGGAUAGCCGAGUAAUGGACGACGCCGUCGUGAAUACUUUGUGGAACGACGGGGUAGAAAUUGCCCAACAAGCGGUGAAAGACUAUUGUCACAAUCAACAGCGACCGCACACUCUCCGUCAGCCAGAGCUCGAGACGUCCUCCGUCCCGCGUUACGUCGUGGCCUCCUCGGGUUGUUACGGAGCCAUUCUGGCCAAUGGUGCCGAAUACACGGGAAAUUAUGGACCCGUGACGGUGGAUGAUUUGGUACACUUUCACCGACGCAAGGUGCGGCGUGCCGUACAACUGCAUCCCGACGGGAUCGCCAUUGAAACCGUACCAAGUUUGCUCGAGUGCCACGCACUCGUGCAACUGUUUCAACCAACCAACGGAGCAGCGCCAAUGUUGUUGAAUAAGACUGCGUGCUGGAUUUCCUUAAGUUGUCGGAACGAACGCGAAUUGAACGACGGAACGCCGUUGGUCGCAGCACUCAACGUGCUGUCGCAGAUUCCCUGUACCGCAGUCUCCGCUUGGGGUCUUAAUUGCUGUUCCGUAACACACCUUCCCGCCUUGGUCCGCAUUCUCACGCAACACGUGGCGCAAGAAGCGAGUGGCAAACACCGACGCGGCUUGGUACUGUACCCCAACAGUGGCGAGCUGUGGGAUGCGGUCACGGGCACCUGGCACACGGGCACGGGCUGUACCGCGCCCGCCGCCAUGGCGUCGGAAAUCGUGGCUGUCCUACGAACAGUCGAAGACGAGUGGCGACGCCAUCGUCCCACCGAUCCGACGCCGUCCAUCCUAAUUGGCGGCUGCUGCCGGACGAGUCCCGCUACCAUUGCGGCACUUCGCGUGCUCGUGGACGACCAUUUGCAACAAGAGUACAAGGGAUGGUUUUGA